ACCACUACGCAGCACACCACAACGUCGCAUACGAUUACAUCGCUUGAAAAUAACAAACCCUCUAAAAACAUGUCUUACGGCGGUCGCAUGAGCAUGGCGCGCAACACGUCUUACGGCCAGCGCGCGCCUCCACCCCCGUCGGAAGAUGUUUUCAUGACGCUUCCCGACAGCGAAAUCGCCGGAUGUAUCACAGACAUAGGAGUGCCCAUCGGCCUCUCUUUUACCUCCAUGGACCUGCAAAAACCAAAACCUGAGGUCAUCCAAAGAGUCUUCGAAUGGAUGGCCGAGGUGAUUAUGAAUACUACGCGCGAUGUUGUCGCUCCGGCGAUGCGCGCAGCGGCCGAGGACCUAUGCGGACCAGACGCGGACAAGCUGUACUCCAGUGAUACACGCGACUUGCUAGCUUUCUUCGUAACAUUGAAGAGACUGCUCCGAGAGUGCGGUAUCCACGACUUCACCUUCGCAGACCUUUAUAAACCGACCCACGCGCGCCUCGUCAAGAUAUUUUCGUACAUGAUCAACUUCAUUCGGUUUCGCGAGUCUCAGACAGAAGUCAUCGAUGAGCAUUUCAACAAAUCACAGCGCACGAAGCUGCGGAUUGAGCAGCUCUACGAUGAGAAAGAGACAAAGGAAAUCCAGCUUGCAGACUUGGAGCGCAAUCGCAUCGCGACUCAGAGGCUGUUGCAGGAGAAGGAGAAACGCUACAACGACCUGAAGUUGAGGCUCCGAGAGCUGGGCAAAGAACAAGAGGCUGUGCAAGAGAAAGUAGCGCGCGCGAAGGAGCACCAGCACAAUCUGAAGGCGCUGUUGCAGAGAAAAUACGAGGACAAGGAGAACAUCAACCGCGAAGUGUCAAAAUUGAAGCCCUACACCGAGCAAAGCCCUACAGCGCUCGAGGACUCUUUGCGUGACCUGAACGAUCGGCUGGCCAACGACAAAUCUCAGAUCGAGUCGCUCGACCGCCGCGCACGCGCGCUGCAGACCUCGAGUGAAUCAUUUGCCGUGGUAGCCGCCGAUGUCACAUCGUGCACACGCCUGCUCAAUGAUGUCCAAGCCGACCUUGCUAAGGAAGAGGAAGAGCUUGCAAAAGCCGCGCGACACUCGGAUGCGUUGACUGAUAGAAGCAACAACGUACGAGACAUUGAGCGUCAAGAACGACUCCUGCAGAAGCAACUCGGCAACGUGAACGCGCGAAUGGAUAAGAUAAAAAAGAAGGCGGACGACGAGGCCGAGGCAGCGCGCAAGAGAAUGGAGGAGCUGCAUGACACGCACACGCAAUUGACCAAAGAGCGCGGUGAGAAGGGGCGCGACAUGGAAGAGAGGCGGGUCAAGAUCGAGCAGACCGAGAAGAAGAUGGCGCAGCUGAAAGACAGCAUCGAGGCUGAGGUACACGCUGCUCACGAUGAGUACGUAAAGAUGGAAAGCCACAUCAAGCUCUACAUCACAGAGAUGGAGCAGAGUAUCUAAGCGGCACGGUCUCCGUAUCUGCAUGAAUCACGAUGGCGUCUUAGGUUGUUGCAUUAUGGUCAGAUACCUCUUGUUGCAAUUGUAUGUCUAUUUUACGUUCUGCACUGGGUGUUAGUCCGACCACCAAGAUGUUGCUCGCGGUAUGAUGGAGAACUACGCGUCGCAGUCUGACUUUAUCCUUGAGCGGUUGUGCACCGGCGAGAUCAGCUCUGACUGCUGGCUACUUUAAGGUCCUGUCCGCAUCGU